AUUUAUAAGUCAAUAAAUAAAUAAAUAAAUAAAUAAAUAAUCACACAUGUAUGAUAUACAUGAUUAAUAAUUAUUUUUUUUUGUCAAAAUAAAAAUAAAAAUCAAUCCUUCCUCGGUUACGCUACCUUCUUAACGUUCGCAUGACCCCCACAGAACCAUAAGAAAGAAUGGCCACCGCCGGCCCACUCCGCCUCGGCCUCGACCUUUCCUCCUCCUUUCUCUCUGCCCAUAGGCGCCUCGGCCACAGCGGCCCGCCGAGGCAGCCUUCGCCUGUGUUGCCGGCCGGCCGGAGGGCGGCGUCGCCGGCGAGGGCGGUGGCGCAUCUGCAUGACCUCUUCGUCGGGGUGGGGGUGGGGCUCCCCUGCACCGUUAUGGAGUGCGGCGACAUCAUCUACCGCAGUACCCUUCCCCGCUCCACCGGCCUCACCCUCACCGCCCCCGGCGUCGCCCUCGCCCUCGCCGCCGUCUCUUACCUCUGGGCCACCCCCGGCGUCGCCCCCGGCUUCUUUGACAUGUUCGUCCUCGCCUUCGUCGAGCGCAUCUUUCGCCCCACCUUCCGCAAGGAUGAUUUCGUUCUCGGAAAGAAGCUUGGCGAAGGCGCCUUUGGCGUCGUCUAUAAGGUCUCCUUGGCGAAGCCCAAGCACUCGAUCAAGGAAGGUGAUUUGGUGUUAAAAAAGGCCACCGAGUAUGGAGCAGUGGAGAUAUGGAUGAAUGAGCGCGCGCGGCGGGCCUGCACGAGUAGUUGUGCAGAUUUCCUGUACGGCUUUCUUGAGAGCAAAUCCAAAGGGAGAGGAGGAGGCGAAUACUGGCUGAUUUGGCGUUUUGAGGGUGAAGAUACGCUUGCGGAUCUCAUUCAAAGCAAAGAGUUUCCUUAUAAUGUAGAGGCUAAGAUUCUUGGAGAAGUUCAAGAUUUGCCCAAAGGGUUAGAAAGAGAGAACAAAAUCAUUCAAACAAUCAUGAGGCAACUUUUAUUUGCUUUAGAUGGACUUCAUUCAACUGGGAUUGUCCACAGAGAUAUUAAGCCUCAAAAUGUGAUUUUCUCUGAAGGGGCUCGUACCUUCAAAAUCAUUGAUCUAGGAGCUGCAGCAGAUCUGCGAGUAGGCAUAAAUUACAUCCCUAAGGAAUUUCUUUUGGACCCACGGUAUGCUGCUCCUGAGCAGUAUAUUAUGAGUACACAAACACCAUCUGCACCCUCAGCACCAGUAGCUACAGCAUUAUCUCCAGUCUUGUGGCAGUUGAAUUUGCCUGACAGAUUUGACAUUUACAGUGUGGGCCUUAUAUUCCUGCAAAUGGUAUUUCCAUCCCUACGAACUGACAGCAGUCUUAUACAAUUCAACCGUCAGCUGAAGAGGUGUGGCUAUGACUUGAAUGCUUGGAGAAAUCUAGUGGAACCUCGUGCCGGCCUAGAUCUCCGUAAAGGCUUUGAACUGUUAGAUUUAGAUGGGGGUAUCGGCUGGGAGCUCCUCACAUCCAUGGUCCGUUACAAAGCACGACAAAGAACAAGUGCAAAGGCUGCCUUAGCUCAUCCAUACUUCAACCGUGAAGGUCUUCUUGGGCUGUCCCUAAUGCAAAACUUGAGGCUUCAACAGUACCGUGCAACACAAAAGGAUUACAGUGAAGCUGCCAAUUGGGUCAUUAAGCUUAUGGCCAAGUCUGGGACAGCAUCAGAAGGAGGCUUCACUGAAGCACAACUUCAGGAACUGAGAGAAAGGGAGCCAAAGAAGGGUAGUCCUCAGCGCAAUGUACUUGCAUCCAUUCUUCGUGUGCAAAGGAAGAUCAUAAAAACUCUCAAUGAGAGCAUGGAUGAGCUGAACAGACGAAGGAAAAGUCUGUGGUGGAGCCGCUGGAUUCCCAGAGAGGAGUAAGUAGAAGCAAAAGCUAUCCUGUAAAUCUUGUGAAGUAGUAUCGUUGUUGUCUAAUGUUUUUGCAAAAGAGAUACAUGUAAAUAUAUGUUGUCACUACUGAGCAUAUGAUGACAAGUUCACCUUCAUUUGAAAGUUAUGUAGUUGGCAUGCUUGACAAUAUAAAUUGAGGUUUAUACU